AUGGGCGACAACUUUCAAACUCCAUCCCCAUUGCCGGCUCAGGCUGCCGAACCACAACAACAGCCCACCCCCCAAAACGCCACUCUUCUCCAGGCCUUCGAAUGGUACAUCCCCCCCGACCACGGGCACUUCCUCCGUCUCUCUUCUCAGAUCCCCCAACUCUCCCAGCACGGAAUCUCCUCCCUCUGGAUCCCGCCCUCCUGCAAAGCCACCUCCCCCCAGUCCAACGGCUACGACAUCUACGACCUCUACGACCUAGGCGAGUUUUCCCAGAAGGGUUCCACGGCCACCAAGUGGGGGACCAAGUCCCAACUCCUCGAGCUGGCCCAAAAGGGUCAAGAGUACGGCGUAGGCCUCUACUGGGACGCGGUCCUCAACCACCGAUUCGGCGCUGACCACCGCGAGAAGUGCAAGGCCGUUGAAGUGGACGCCAACAAUCGAAACGUUCGCAUAAGCGGGAGGUGGGCGAGAAGUCCCGAGGAGGUUGAUGGCGAAAAAGGCAAUUAUGAUUAUUUGAUGGGCUGCGAUUUGGAUUAUAGUCAUCCGGAGGUGGAGGAGGAUGUGCUCAACUGGGGACGGUGGUUGGUGAAGGAGGUGCCGAUUAGGGGCAUCAGGUUUGAUGCUGUUAAACAUUUCAGUGAGGGGUUUUUGAGGAAGUUUGUGAAGAUGCUGGAUGGAGAGUUUGGUGAGGGGUGGUUUCUUGUGGGCGAGUUUUGGAAGGAUUCGUUGAAGACCGAUUAUCUCGACCGGAUGGAUCACAAGUUCUCGCUGUUUGAUGCGCCGCUGGUUUACAACUUUGGCGAAAUCAGUACAAGUGUCUCGGCUGAUUUGAGGAAGGUGUUUGACGACACGCUGGUGCAAAAGGCGCCUGUCUGUGCCGUGACACUAGUCCAAAACCACGACACCCAACCCCUCCAAGCUCUCGCGGUCCCCAUAACGCCCUGGUUCCUCCCCCUCGGCUACGCCCUCAUCCUCCUCCGCGAAGCCGGCUACCCCUGCGUCUUCUACGGCGACCUCUACGGCCUCUGCACCCCCACUUCCGACAACCCGUCUCCCACCAGACCAACUAGCGGCCCCGUAACCAUCCUCCCUAAGCUCCUCCUGGCCAGGAAGCUCUAUGCGUAUGGACCGCAGACGGACUACUUCGAUUACCAAACCUGUAUUGGCUGGGUCCGACAUGGAACAUGGGAUAGAAAGGAUAAGUGCGCCGUGGUGAUGAGUAAUGCGGCGGAAGGGUGGAAGCGGAUGUUUAUUGGGGCGGAGUGUGCUGGACAACGGUGGACGGAUGUGUUAGGGUGGAGAGGGGAGGUGGUUACGGUUGGGGAAGAUGGGUGGGCGGAGUUUAGGUGUGGAGGGUGUAGUGUGAGUGUUUGGGCUUGGGAUGGGGCGAAGGGUAGGGAAGAGUUCGGGGGCGAGUUUGACUUUGAUAUCUAUGGUUCGGAGAGUGAGGGAACAAAUUGA